GAUGUGCGUGUGGAAGAGCGCAUCAUUGAAGUUCCGCAGAUACAGCACGUAGAGAAGGUUGUGGAAGUGCCUCAGACCGUCGUUCAGGUUGUGGAGCGGCACGUGCCAAAGGUUCACGUGCAGGAGGUGGUGAAGCACAUUCCGAAGAUAGACGUUCAGAUCCAGGAGAAGAUCAUAGAAGUUCCCCAGGUGCAGGUCGUAGAGAAGAUCAUUGAGGUGCCACAGACGCAGGUGCACGAAGUUAUCAAGCACGUGCCAAAGCUCCAUGUCCAGGAAGUUGUCCGACACGUUCCCAAGGUUGACGUGCAGGUGCGAGAGCGUGUCGUUGAG